GCAUGCUCCACGUCUGAGCUCCGGAGUUUAGAGACGGGCGGAGCAAGAGCCGGAGGCCUGCACUAGUGCGCAUGCGCGGCGCCGGGGCUUGCAACAGAGAGAAGUACUGCUGGCUCCGCCGCGGCAGUUAAGAAUGUGGCGCGAGUCCUGGAGAGAGCAAUUAACUGAGAAGGCUUGAAAGAGAAGCGUGACUGUUGGAUCUGUGGGAGAAAUGGAGUCUACAGAGCAGGACGUGGAACGGUCCUUCUGCUUAAGCGUGAAAGGCCUUGUGAAGAUGCUGCGAAUGGUAGUAACUGUGGCAUCUAUGACCUUUUUCAUCAUCGCACAAGCCCCUGAACCAUACAUCGUUAUCACUGGAUUUGAAUUCUCCAUUAUUUUAUUUUUCAUAGCUUUGUAUAUGUGCAGACUUGACAAACUGAUGAGAUGGUUGUUUUGGCCUUUGCUUGAUAUCAUCAACUCAAUGGUAACAGUACUAUUCAUGCUUAUUGUGUCUGUGUUGGCACUGAUACCCAAAACUUCAACAAUGACGGUCCUUGGAGGGGUGUUUGGUCUGCUGACAAUAGUGUGUGCUAUUGCUGAUUGUGCCCUCAUGUACCGGAAACUUCUCUUCAAUCCAAGUGGACCUUACCAGAAAAAUUCUCCUAAUCGUAGCAGAGAUGACGAGAGUCAAUAAUUUGUAUUCCUUUGUACUAAUUAUUAAACUGAUUUCUUUAUUCUUCCA